AUGUCAUACAGCACAACUCACCCUGGAGGACGCGCACCACUGGGUGGUCGUCAAUCUAGUAGCGUUGUAGCACAAGACCGUACAUUGAAAAUUGUCACCGAAAUGAGAUCCGGCGUAGGUUCCGGAAUGUCACCAUUCGGACAAAAUGCUGCGAGUGCGAUCCGGGACACUCGCGAACGCGAGAAGAAGGAAAUGAGCGACUUGAACGAUCGCUUGGCUAGCUAUAUCGAAAAGGUGAACUGUUUAGGAAUGGUCCGCUUUUUGGAAGCACAGAAUCGCAAGCUAGCCGCUGAUCUUGAAUUACUCCGAAGUAAAUGGGGAAAGGACACACAUAGUAUCCGAACUAUGUAUGAAGGCGAACUCUCGGUUGGUUCUGCAUACGUUCAAAAAGGGUUUGAUCUAAAUAGCUCCAAAAGGUAUAUGCAUAAAGGGCAGAGAGAUCCAGUUAGUAAUGGUCGGUUCUUGACAAACUGCUAUCUGCUCAGCUUUCGCACCCUUUACUAG